AAUGUCAGGAAGUCUUUCCAUCGACUGAUACUGCGAUAUCACCCAGAGGAGCCAGGUGCUGAUGCUGACACAGAACGAAUCUUUUAUCAGAUAGCAGAGGCAUAUGAUGUUCUUCGAGAUCCCCAACGACGAGCUGUGUAUGACCAUUAUGGCAUUAAAGGCCUUCGUGAAGGAGUCCCUGGGCCUGAAGAGUAUAUUAAAGCUUAUCACUAUCAUGGUGAUCCAAUGAGAACAUACCGGGAAUUUUUUGGUACAGAUAGUCCUUUUGCUGACUUACUAGAUGCUGUCACAUUCCCAAAGCCAAUAUACAGGACGCCUGAGCUCUGCGGUUAUAAGAAGAAAGAAGACACCAUAUACAGGCCUCUACAUCUGACUCUGGAAGAAGUAUUCCAUGGGGGAAUAAAGAAACUGAAAAUGACCAGACUUGUACUUCGAGAGGACCAGAUUACUACAGAAGCACAGGAACAAGUGCUGAGAGUAAAUAUACAGCGAGGGAUUCUACCAGGAAGUGAAUUCUGCUUCCCUGAAGCAGGGAAUCAGGGGCAUACUAUUAUUCCAGCUGACAUAAUGUUUGUGACUGAAGAUCGUCCCCAUGAGAGAUUCAGAAGAGAGGGCACUGACCUCAUCAUGGUGGCUCAUAUAUCACUGCUUGAUGCCCUAAUAGGCUUAACAAUCACAGUCAACACACUAGACAGGCGAACACUUCAUGUUCCUAUUACUGAUGUUGUACAACCAGGUUACAUCAAAAUUGUGGACAGUGAGGGGAUGCCUUUAAUGGAAGAUCCCGACAAACGUGGAAAUCUGCAGAUCCAUUUUGACAUUGAAUUCCCAAAGUAUAUACCCCGUCCUGGUAAGGUGCUCCUGCGCAAGGCAUGGGAUGCAAUUACUAAAGGUGGUCUCCAAGGUGGGCCAGAAGAUAUUAACAGACUCAUACUGCACGACAAAAUGAGACGUAUGCGGCCUAUGGAAAAGCUUCCUCCAACAAUAUAG